AAGCAUAUUCAUUAUCUUAACCCUUGGCGCUAGAUUUGGCGCGGGCCAAAUUUUGCCAAAAAGAGUUUUGGAGACUUUUAGAGACGUUGUAAGGGAACAAUCGGAUGGGGCGUUUUUUACGGAAGAAAAUAUGGAAAUAUUGAAACAAUGGGUGAUCGACAACGAGAUGGAAGAGGCAGCUGACUUAAUAACGCUGCAGAAUUUGAGGCAAAUUCAACGAGCCAACAAUUUUGCUUUCGAUGACAAAAUAAAUGGAACUGAAAUUGUUGACAAUGGUUUUACAAAUAAGAGUCUAUCUGAGAGGAUUGCGCAAAAAUUUAAUAAAACCAUCGAGGAAAAUGAGUGUUUUCGAGACGUUCUUUCUUUAUUUUCUCCUGAAAAUAAAGGAAGUCUUGUAAAUAUGUUGGAUGCAUCAGCGAAAAUUCCACCGGGGAUUUUUUAUGGAAAUGUGUUUAGUAUGGGAAACUAUGAUCAGUGUCUGAAUGUAACUGGAAAAAUCGCGGGAAAAUAUUGUACAGUUGCCUUGGAAAUUAAAAAUUUUUCUGACUUCUCCGAUAUAUUAAGAUUUUCCUACGGAAUUUGUUUACCAUCCAGAUGCAAUGCGUUGAAUUUAAAUAAUUUUUUAAAGUCCAUGAGGAAAACAUUACAACUACCUUUUGAAGUAAAAAUAAACGAUAAUUUAUGUUCAACGAAAUUACAAGAAGUAACAUUUUCAGGCCCAAAUAAAUUGGCAAUGUGUAUUUUUGGAUUUUUCGCACUUUUACUAUUAUGCGGCACCAUCUGCGAUGUUUUUGUACCGAACGAUACAAAAAGCGUUCCCCUUCAAAUGUUCCUGGCUUUUUCAGUGUAUUCCAAUUGCAAAAGCCUUUUUAAGACUAAAAUCAACAAAGACGCAGAAUCUUUUGGUUGUUUAAACGGCAUUAGAGUUCUGUGCAUGUUUUGGAUUAUAGGCGGACAUUUAUUACGAUACUUUUUGGGCCUACCUUUGACAAAUAUUGCCGAAUUUGAUUUUGAAUGGCAUGAUAUAAUACUUUUAGCCGGUGAAAUGGCUGUUGAUACGUUCUUCAAUAUAAGCGGGUUUCUUGUGGUUUAUUUAUAUUUAACUAAAAAAAAUAAAUUAAAUAUAUCCUUUGUGCAAAUGUAUAUUCACAGAUAUUUGAGGUUGACCCCUUCAUUGGCUAUGGUGAUUUUUCUUUAUUUUAAUAUAUCAAAGUUUGGAUCUGGUCCCAUUUGGGGUUACACAAAAAAAUUGGAAGAUGAAUGUGUUAAAAAUUGGUGGUUCAACUUAAUCUACGUACAAAAUUAUUUUAGAGAGCAAAAUUGCGUUCUUUACACCUGGUACUUGGCAGUGGACAUGCAUAUGUUUUUGUUGUCUCCAAUAAUACUAAUAGGCUUAAUAAAAUAUCACAAAACGACAUUGUUUGGUUUAGGAAUGGCAGUGCUGUCUUCUUCUUUAUAUAGUGGCUGGUUGACUCACCAACUUCCUCCAAUGACAUAUCUUAAAGAUGAGGAUUUAUUUACUUUUUUUAUUCCCACGCAUUUUAGAGGAGUGUCUUGGAUUAUAGGUGCCAUUUUUGGCUAUGUGAUGUAUAGAAGAAAGAACGAAAAGCUGAAAUUAUCCCAAACCUUGGUUAAUUUUCUAUGGAUAUUAUCUUGUGGAGGCUUGAUUGCUAUAAUUUUUUAUCAUAAAUAUUUGGCGAAUAUAGUAAAAUAUAAUAUAAAGAAUGUCCACAAUAUAAUAGCCAACAGUUGUAUUAGGCCUAUUUGGUCUAUUUUACAAUGCGUUGUUAUUUGGCUAUGUAUUGAAGGAAAAGGAGGUUUUGUCAAUAGAUUUCUAUCUGCUCCUUGCUUCAGUGUUCUUGUAAAAGUAAACUACAGCAUGUACUUGGUACAUAUACCAAUUAUUACCAUUUUUUAUUUACAAAUUAGGUCGCCGCAAACUUAUACUUUUAUGACUUUGGUAGGUAAUUUCUGUUUCGACAUUUCAACGUUUUCAAUUUUUUUUUUAUUUUAGGCACAACACUUUGCUGGGUUUAGUUUGGUAACAAUUUGUGCCUCUGUUCUAUGGACCUUGGCUUUCGAGUCUCCAAUUCAAAAAUUAGAAAAAUUGUUAUUUGGAAAAAAUAAAAAAUAAAAUUUUUAGGUACUGACUAAGUCUUUUAUUUCAAAACUAAUAAUAAAGGGAUCUUUGUGAAAAAUAUAUUUCAAUAAU